UCACUUAUCACAUGAGUACCUUGAGUUAUUUACAAGACAAGGUUUCUUCCUUGAAUGCAGUAAGUUUACCACUGUUGUCUUACGAGUCGUGCGUAUUCUAAGUUAUGAUUUUCCUUUGAAUUCAAGAUAAAUCCCAAGGACAUGGCUGCCAAUGCUCAAGUGUAUAACAGCCAUGGCAGGAAGUACGAGGUGCCCAGGAGACGCGUAUAUUCACUUAACGAGCUUCAGAUUGGAGAUCAUAUCUCAUUCCAUCAAAUGAGUGGUUUCUACUGGCAUCAUGCCAUAGUUGAAGGUAUCCACGGGGAGACAGACGAAAUAGACGUCAUUGAAUAUUCCAAUACAGCCAAAGAGUUUUUGAACGCUAACUGCUCUCCACCAAGGAAACUCAGAGAUAUCGAGUUGGCGAAGGUAGUGAGGGGAAGAUACAAUUUCCAAAGUGAAGUUGUGUACUUGAUGUUACACGAACAUUGUUUUGAUCUUGCCACUGUUGUUGAGAGAGCAAGGAGUAAGCUUGGUGAGAAGAAAUACAGUCCCUUUAUCAAUAAUUGUGAAUACUUUGCUAUGUGGUGCAAAACUGGAGAAAGUUCUUCCGACCAGGUGAAAAAAACUGCAGAUAUGAUGAAAGGGCAGUUUGGCAAAGCACAUUGUGGAGCACUUGCUGCAGCGUGCCUAGGCAAAACGGCAACAUCUUCUCAAACUGUGACGACUGGAGUUCGAGUGGUUACAAAGAAUAUAGUUAGCCAGACUGUAACAAAGAUGGGAAAAGAGGCCAUGAAGAGUGGAACCGGAGUCAGAAUGGCAUCGAUGGAAAUGAUGACCCAAAGUGGUUCAAGUGCUGGACAAAAGUUCGUUAAAAGUGGAAUUCAAACAAUGACGAAGGAAGUCCUCGAGGAAACUGUUUCAACAGUGGGAAAGGGGGCCGUGAAAACUGCAUCCAGCGUGACCACCACCACAACAACAAAGGAAGUGUUAACUCAAAGCACGACAAAAUCUGUAUCUAAUUCUGCAGCCCUAGGAGUAGCGUGUGGAGCCUUGUUCGAAGGAAUCAGCACAGUAUAUGACAUCUCAUGCGCGCACGAAGACAUGAAGAAGGGAAAUAUAACCAGAGAAGAAUUUAACAAAGCCACCGGUAAGAGAGUCAUGACUGGUUUUGGAAAUUUUGGAGGAUCUUCUGUGGGGGCGGUCGUUGGACAAGCUGCUAUUCCCAUUCCGCUUUUUGGGGGCCUGGUAGGAAGUGUAGUCGGAGGACUUGUUGGAUCGCUUAUGGCGAACGUGGCUGCAAAUGCUACUUUAGAUCCCCACUAAUGAAACUCAUAGAUAUCGAGUUGGUGAAGGUAGUGAGGGAAAGAUACAAUUUCCAAAGUGAAGUUGUCCCUCAGCCAAUAACUGUGAACACUUUGCUAUGUGGUGCAAAACGAGAAAAAGUUCUUCCGAAAAAGGCUGCUAAAAUGUUGAAAGAACAAUUUGGCAAAGCAGUACCUUGUAGAGCACUAGCUGCAGCGCACCUAGGCAAAACAGCAACAUCUACUGUUAUUUUAGCAUGAAGCCAUUCCAAUUUUAUGCUCAUUCGAACAAUUUAGGACUUUGGUCACUUUAGAGUCAAAAGUGUUCCUCUUGCAGCUUAAAACAAUUAACCGUAUACUGUUAAAAGGAAAGUUUAAGGAGUUACAGUUUGGCAGAACUCCAUUCUCAUAAUUAAAGUUCGAUUUUGGGCAGAAAAUUUCUUGGCAUGUAUCUUCUACGACUGUAUCGGAAAGUUGACUAACUUAGUUAAGAGUAACAUUUUCUUUGUAGUUUCAAGUCGUUGAUAAUAGCAACCGUUACGAUUUAAGUGACAAACUAUGUCUAGUCUCUAUAGUUUCAGACGAAGACUCGUCAUAUUUCAGAAGGUUAGUUGGUACGUUAUUGUCCUGUAUGGCUAACAAAUAGUUUGCACAUGCAAAACAACGGACGUUAGCUGAAAAAUUUCCGUUUUAUUUCACUUUUAUUUUUAUUUUCUUGAUAGGUAGGGAAAAGAGAAUAGCCAAUUUUGUAGGACACGAGUCAAAUCAUAUUUGGUCUGAAAAUUUGGUGUUGGAGUUUCCAAAGCAUCUUCAGUGCUUUAGGAUAGCGUUUGAUUUGUUGAAAUAGCAGCGUAUCCAGAAAAUCAUAGAGUUCAAAAGCAGCAAUAAAGUUAUUAA